CUCUCGUUGGCCAAGAGGAGGGCCGGGCUUCCUCGAUUCGGGCUCUGCGCCUAAAGCAAGCCAAGCAGCAGAAGCAGCCUUCCUUCUCCUCCAUUGAAGCCAGGAGGGACCUUCCCUUUUUCCUCAUCCGGAGGAGCAACGCACAGCCAGGGUACAGAAGAGAAAAUUGAACCAUGGAAGACAGAUUUUGGAGUUUUUGAAAACAAAAGCAUAAUGCUAACCACGAAUCCUGAGUGUAACCAACCACCUGAAAGUAACUGCAGGAGUAAAACUGGAGAAGAGAGGAUGCUGCGGACAAGAUCCACAAAACCCGUUCGAGGCAUCCGGAAACGCAAAGACUUUGUGGUCUAUCAGGGAACCCAGGCGGAGGAGAAGCCCAACAUCUGCAUUGAAUGCGGGAAGACGUUCAACCAGAGCUCCAGCUUGGUCAACCACCGGCGAACGCACUCCGAGGAAAAGCCGUACACGUGUCCGGAUUGUGGGAAAAGCUUUGGGGUCAGCUCCAGCUUGAAUAGACACCAGAGAAUCCACACCGGGGAGAAGCCCUACAAGUGCAACGAGUGCGGCAAAAGGUUCAACGACAAAUCCAACUUGACGCAGCACUGGCGGACCCACACGGGCGAGAAGCCUUACAAGUGCGUCGACUGCGGCAAAUGCUUCAGCCGCAGCUCCCACAAGAAGCACCACCUACGACACCUGCUGGGCAAGAAGCUUGGCAAAGGCACGCAAACCGAUGGCGGCUGUGCCACCGCUGACGGGAAGCCCAAACCCAAACGGAAAGCAGUGGUGUUGAACAAUUGCACUGAGUGCUGGCAGAGCUUCAGCCAGAACGCAGAUCUGGUCAAACACAUGCGCAUUCACACCGGGGAGAAGCCGUACCAGUGCAGCGUUUGCGAAAAGUGUUUCAGCGUCAGCUCCAACCUUUUCCGGCACCAGAGGAUCCACACUGGGGAGAAGCCGUACGUGUGCUCCGAGUGCGGGAAGCGGUUCACAGACAAGUCUACCUUGGUUCAGCACCGGCGAAUCCACACUGGGGAGAAACCCUAUGCCUGUAGGUUUUGCGGCAAGAGCUUUAGUCACAGCUCGCAUCACAAGAGGCACGAAAAGAUCCACAAAGGAGAGUACCCCUUGUUGUCUUACUCAGCUUCCCUGAGCUAGCACAAUACUCAAGAGAAGAAAUCUUAUGCACUUUGGUGAAUAUUUUCUCCAGAAGCAUGCUUUUUACUUGGAAAACUUACAGCAGAAGCUUGAGGAUGGGGUGAAAUAGGAUAAUAACAACAACAACAACAACAACACUUUAUUAUACUAACCUAUCUCCCUGAAAUAGGAUGUCAUUGUCAUUCUCCAUGGGGUUGCUGGACUUCCAAAUAUCAGUUCAGCAAGUUUGAAUAUUGGGCUAUGACUCUGUAGACCAGGGUUCGAAUCCCCACGCAGCCAUAGAUAGGCACUGGGGGAUCUCAGGAAACUCACACUGUCUCAGCCUCAGAGAGAGGCAAUGGCAAACCUGGUCUGAAUAUAUCUUACCAAGAAACUCUUGUGGUAAGAGGUUGGAGGCACGCAACAAGCCACAAAACAACAAGAAGUUUUGAAUAUGGUAUAUGUAUAGGAGAACAGGAGCCCCCGGUGGCGCAGUGGGUUAAACCCCUGUGCCAGCAGGACUGAAGACCGACAGGUCGCAGGUUCGAAUCCAGGGAGAGGCAGAUGAGCUCCCUCUAUCAGCUCCAGCUCCUCAUGCGGGGACAUGAGAGAAGCCUCCCACAAGGAUGAUAAAAACAUCAAAUCAUCCAGGCGUCCCCUGGGCAACGUCCUUGCAGACGGCCAAUUCUCUCACACCAGAAUUG